GUCUUUACUUUCAUCAUAUAGGCUUUAUCCGUUUAUUCACCUCAAUAACCAUCCGGUGGAUAUUUACAUCUACUUUUGGCUGACAUGAAACAGCAACGCGUCGCUAUCCGAGGACUACGUUUGGAUCCUCUCCCCUCAGUCAAGACAGCAAAGAAUGGCACAGCGUCACACACACUGCUGAGAAUGGAUUCCCCUCCAGAGUGUGUGUUGGCCCUGUCGUGUGAGCAGCCCCCCUCCCCGUCCACACUGCCCUCCCUGGACCACAGCCCCCUGGCUCCCUCCUCCCCCACCACCACCACCAACCCCCCCACCCCCCCUGGCAGGCAGGGGCCCCUGUCCCUGCCCACCAGCCCCCUGCUCCCCCUGCACACCCCCGGGGCCUCCCCCCUGGGCUCCGACGCCGCCCACUACUUCCCCCUCUCCCCCUUCCCCUCCUUCCCCCCCGACGACCAGCUCCUCCUCCUUCGCCACCACGACGACGACGACGAAGACGAGGAGGAGGAGGAGGAUGAGGACGACGGAGACCCCCUCACAGCGGAGGGGAUGGAGCUGCAGGGGGGCCCCCCGUCGUCCCCCACCCCCGCCGUGGCCCUCUUCCCGGGGGAGGGAGGAAGAGGCGCGCAGGAGGCCCUCGGCGGGCCCGGUCCGGAGGAGAGCUCCCCCCCGGACGUGGCCCGCACGGCCCCCCAGCUCCUGGGCUUCGGGGCCCUGGAGCUGGCCCUGGCCUCGGGGCAGAGCGGGGGGUCCGGGGGCCUGGGCUGCAGCAGCGACGAGCUGGACCUCCAGCUCUUCCAGAAGGACGCGAGCGGCGCCCACCCCAGGGUGACGCCCGCGGCGGGCGGAGCGGGGGCCUCGCCGGGCCCCGCCCUCCGGUUCCCGUGCCUGGUGUGCGGCAAGAGGUUCCGCUUCCAGAGCAUCCUGUCGCUGCACGCGCGCGCCCACAGCCUGGACCGCGAGCGCCGCGCCGCCCCGCUGUACCGCGCCGGGCUCCCCCCGCCGCCACCGCCGGCGGCCCCCCUCAAAGCCCACCUGACCCAGAACCACCAGGGGGUCCACGACCAACGGCCGCCCCCACCGAGCCCCUCCUCCGCCCUCAUCCAGCACCUCCGCGACCAGGCGGAGCCCGACGACACGGAGGUCCUACGCAACGACAAGAGCUGCCUCAUGGGGGGCGCUGACAUCACACCCCUGACCCCCCCGCUGACGGAGGACGCCGUCACCUCGCCGUACUCCUCCGCCGCCGCCGCCGCCGCCGCCGCCGCCAGCUCCUUCCGCUGCCACGCCUGCAAGGGCAAGUUCCGCACGGCGUCGGAGCUGGCGCGCCACGUGCGCAUCCUGCACAGCCCCUACAAGUGCUCGCUGUGCCCCUUCUCCGCCAGCCGCGAAGACGACCUCGCCGCCCACCUGCGGGAGUGCCACCCGGCGCCGGCCCCGCCCCUCCACCGCCCGCCCUCCCCCGCCGCCGCCGUCGUCUACGGCGCCCGGCCCGUCGUGGCCGCCGCCCCCGACACGCCCCUACCCACCCCGACGCCCACCCCCACACCGACGCCCACGCCCCAGGUGUCGACGGUGGUCGCCGCGGCGCCGACGGCGGUCGCCACGGCGCCGGCGGCGGUCGCCACGGUGCCGGCCACGCCCGCCCUGCCGGCGUUCCGCUGCGACACGUGCGGCCAGCGCUUCACCCAGUCGUGGUUCCUGAAGGGACACAUGCGCAAGCACAAGGACUCCCUGGACCACAAGUGCCAGGUGUGCGGCCGUGGCUUCAAGGAGCCGUGGUUCCUCAAGAACCACAUGAAGGUGCACCUCAACAAGCUGGGCCUGAAGGCCGGCCUGGGGGGCCUCGGUGUGAGCGUGGCGGCGGGCCUGGACCCCUCCGCCGCGGGGGCCGUCAGCGGCCAGUCCCUCAACGCCCUCUACUCCAGCCUGCUGCUGGCCCAGCGCCGGGGGGCCGGCGGCGGCGGCGGGGGCCGGGGGGCCAGGGGCCGGUCGGAGCGCGACCACGGAGGGCGGGGCUCGGUCCCGGGCUCCGGCAAGUCGGCCAUCCUGGGGUACCUGGGGCUGCCCAUGGACGGGGGCGGGGCCAGCUGCAUGGAGCGGCUGCAGGCCGUGGCGCAGGUGGCCGAGAUGGGCGGCGUGAGCGACCCGGGAGGGCGGCCCGGCGGGGUUACCAUGGAGACGACGGCCGCCGCAAUGGCGGCGGCGGCCGACGGCGGCGACCAGGUGGCCAUGUGGCAGCUGGUGGCCCGCAGCCUGCUGGCGGCGCAGCAGGCCCAGCAGAACCAGCAGAACCAGAGGAGCCAGCAGCAGCAGAGCCAGAGGGCCCAGAGCCGGAGCUCCGCGCUGGGGGACGCCGACCAGGUCAGGGCCUACCUGGGCGGGCUGGGCCCCAGGCAGGAGACGGUGGCCUCCGCGGGGGCCGGGGCCGGGGCCGGCGGGGGGCCCUGGGAGUGCCCCGACUGCGGGAAGCUCUUCAGGAGCCUGCAGCAGGUGGUGGUCCACGCCCGCGUCCACGUCCAGAGACCCCAGAAGGGAGGAGGAGGAGGAGGAGGAGGAGGAGGAGGAGGAGGAGGAGGAGGAGGAGGAGGAGGAGGAGGAGGGCUCGGUGGAGAGGAGGGCGCUGGGAGCGGGAGAGCGACAGGACGGAGUGGAGGAGGAGCAGGAGGAGCAGGAGGAGGAGCAGGAGGUCGAUCCAAACCCCCCAGCGCCGGACCUCGACAGACAGGGUCCGCUGGAGGAUUCCACCCGGCCAUCUCCAGCCACCACGCGGGUGAGAACGGCCUGCCGGUGGCCCCCCCCGUGGCCAGUGGUGGCGGCUCUGCAUCCCGGGAGCGAGUGCGGGGUUCGGGGGUAAAAGACUGCCCCUACUGCGGUAAAGCCUUCAGAUCCUCACACCAUCUCAAAGUUCACCUGAGGGUUCAUACGGGCGAGAGACCCUACAAGUGCCCCCACUGUGACUACGCCGGCACCCAGUCGGGCUCCCUGAAGUACCACCUGCAGAGACACCACCGCGAGCAGCGCAACGCCCUCUCCACCUCCUCCUCCUCCUGCACCUCCUCCUCCUCCUCCGCCUCCUCCAACAACUCCCCCACCAUCGUCAACACCAUGGCCCCCUCCGGCGCCGCCGCCCCCCCCCGCCGGGACGGCCCGGGCAAGCAGGGCCGAACCCAGAACCACCAGGGGGGGCACCCGGGGGCCGGCCACAGCCAGGGCCACCGGGCCCCGGCCGACAGCCUGGGCCCCAGGCAGCUGCCCCAGCACCCCCAGCUGCAGGCCCAGCAGCAGCCCUGGCUGCUGGGGCUGCCGGAGCAGCGCGAGCAGCAGAAGGCCCUGGCCGCGCUGCGGGACGUGGACGUGGAGGCGCAGUACCGCUACCUGUCGGGCGUCAUGGGGGCGCUCUACCAGGGCGGCCUGGAGGGGGGCUGGAUCAGGGAGUCCCCGCCCGCCAAGACGCCCAAGGUGUCACGCCGCAAGCCUCUCACUACCAGCCGCAUGGUGCCGCCGCCGCCACCGCCACCGCAGCCCAACGGGACUGACCACCACGGGGGCGAGGGCGCCGGGCCGCCCCGGCCCACGCAGGGCGAGGGCGGCGGCGGCUUCGAACCGCUGGACCUCUCCCGCCGCACCUCCCCGGGGCCGGACGGAGCGGAGGAGGACGGGGGGGCGGGCGCGGCGGCGGCGGACCCCCUGAACCAGUGCCUGUUCUGCCCGUUCCGCACCUCCUCGGGGGAGCUGAUGGCCAUGCACCUGCAGGUCAACCACACCAGCAAGUCCCGCCGCAAGAGGGGCCCCUCCGGCCCCCCGGGGGACCAGGACGGCCCCGCCAAGCGGCCGCAGCGCGUCGCCCCGGACCCAAUGGCCAUAUGGAGGUACGCCAGCGAGGCCGGCGAGGACCAGGGGCCCCUCGGCGGGAGCCAGGCCCACAACGGGCUCUCGGAGGCCGGGGUGGAGCCGCUGGGCGGCAGGGGCCUCUACCAGCAGGGGGGGGCCCUGGCCUCUUUGUCCAGGAAGCUCCAUGGCAACGUAACGGAGCCAGAGGAGAACAGGAAGGGCAAUGAGGAAGAGGAGGAGGAAGAGAUGGAGGAGGAGGAGGAGGAAGAGGAGGAGGGAGAGCUGGAGCCGCCGGAGGAGGACAGCAGCUUGGGGGGGUCGCCGGAGGAGGUGGGGUCUCCGUCGCUGGGGUUCGAGCACUUGAUGAGGGAGGAGGGGGGCGUGGGGGCGGACUAG